GUUGUGGAGUAAGGUAUAUUGCUACUUAUGGAGAAUGUUUUGCUAUAUUACUUUGUACAAAAGGUUACCUUAUCCAUAAAGAUAGUCCAAAGUUAAUAACCAUUAUUGUAUUGGUAAUGCUAAGGUUUGACACCUUGGAAUAGACAGAAUAUGGAAUAUAGGGGAUCCAAGACAAAGCAUUUCCAUUACUUGACAUUGAAGUUUUUUCAUCCCAAAAGAAAUCUUAAAAAGUAUGUUCUUAUAUGUUCAUCCUCUCAAAUACCUCAAGUGCCUUCUUCUAUUCUCAAUCUCUCAAUUGUAUUCUACUCAUAUUUAACACUCGUGCAACGUGCGAGGAGAUAUCAGAUAUUUGUAAGUUAUUUUGUAUUUUUAUUUGGUGAAAAACUUCCUUCAAUGGAACGUGAGGAGGGCAAACAAUCAUCCCCAAAAAAUCCAUAUACUGAACUUGAGGAAGUUAGCUUAGAUUUUACUCUAGCAAUUGGGUUGCAAGAACAAGGGAGAACAUUUACAAAUCUAGCAACAAUUGAAAGUGAAAAUGAUGAUGAUGUAAGUGACUCCUCAUUUAGUAAUGAUGAUAUUGGUGAUGCUGAUUUUUCAUUUAGUCAGGAGUUUGAAACCGAUCUUCAGUUUCUUGAAGAUGAAGGAAGCUUUAUUGAUGAUGAUGACGACGACGGCGAAAUGGAAAUGGAAGAAGAUGAGAUUGAUCCAGAUGAAUUAUCUUAUGAAGAGUUGAUUGAGUUAGGAGAGCUUAUAGGAGAUGAGAAGAGAGGAUUAUCAGCAAAUGAAAUCUCUUCCUGCCUAAACUCUUACACUUCCCAAACUGCUGAAAGCAAAAGUGGAAUUGAUCGUUGUGUGAUUUGUCAGAUUGAAUAUGAAAAAGGUGAAGCCUUAGUGGCACUUCAAUGUGAUCACCCUUAUCAUAAAGAUUGCAUUAGCAAAUGGCUUCAAAUUAAGAAGGUUUGUCCAAUAUGUAGCAAUGAAGUAUCAACUCCUAACAAGGCUAAGAACCCUUGAUGAAUUAUUUGGAUUGUAAAAUUGAUGUGUAUAUUCAGAUUAAUGUAAUCUUCAUUUGAACCAAAAAUCAUUGUCAAAACAUAAAUAAUAUAGAAGCUUUGGAUCA